GGAUGAGACAAAGGUGUGGGGGUGAAACAAAGAUUGAACAAAAAUAGGGACGUGGAUUAGGUGAAAUUGUAGAAACAGACCUGGACGGUUUUAAACUAGUAUACUGGGCUUGGUAACUGCUUGCUUACAUGCAUUUCUAGUUUGGCGAUAAUAAAAAAUGUGUCGUGGAGCAGUAUCUGAAGUCAGUCCCUCCUGGUUUCGAGUGUGGUCUUCUGGUGGGAGUGGACUGCAUCUACAAUUGAUCUUACUGCUGUCUUUAUUUACCCAAUCUCUUAGUUCAGUGUGUCCGCCUCCACCGGAGCCAGAGAAUGGUGGAUUUCUGUGUCACCCUCCGCACUGUGAGCAGCCACUCACCUCUGGUAGUGUCAUUGAGUAUUUCUGCGCUGAAGGAUAUAUGCUUAAAGGAGACUAUAAAUUCCUGACCUGCAGGGAUGGUGCAUGGAACCCACCAAUGGGAGUGAGCUGCAGACUAAGCCAAGAUACCAAUAGGCACACCAGCCUUGGAGUUCCCACUCUGUCCAUUGUUGCCUCCACUGCCAGUUCUGUGGCAUUGAUAUUGCUUCUCAUUGUCCUGUUUGUGUUGCUACAGCCAAAGCUCAAGUCUUUCCAUCACAGCAGGCGUGACGCAUGUGCGCCAGGAGAGCAGGUUUCGAUAAUGGUCGAUGGCGUGCAAGUUGCACUUCCGUCAUACGAGGAAGCAGUGUACGGCAGCGCAGGGAACUGCAUCCCAUCGGCAAGCUCCCGAGUACAAAUUGUGCUCUCAGAGGGGCCAGGUGAGGAGCAAGAUCUACAGCAAUCUGCAUGCAGUUCUAACCAUGCAGGCCAGGCUCUACACUCUGAUCUUAGUGGCAACACUGUGGGACAUACUAUGCAGGGCACACCGAGCAGCUCGCAGCGCUCAGAGACUGUCCUGGUCCAUCAGGCUUCCCCAUCAUGGGUAUCUGGAGCAGAAAGCAGGACACUGGCAGGGGAAGGAGCGGAUUCUGAUGUGCAGAGUCUCCUCUCCCUCUCUUCUGAGGACUAUACGGAUGAUAUCCCUCUUCUGAAAGAAGCCUGAUUUCUGUAGACUCUUCACUCAGCCCUGAAGGAUCACCUCAAACCUCCUACUCUGCUCCACCUGUGUUCACAGGUGACCUGGAGCUUACAGUUUGUGCCUCUCUGUUUCUCUCACCAGCCCUAGUGAGGAGCAGACCAUCUAGUCCCCACUUAAACUGUGGAGCACACCUUAUGAGCCACACUCUCCAAUCACUGAAAAACAGGCACUGUGAGGCCCCACUUACAGAGGUGUAAAACUAUAUUUAAUGUGUAUUUGUUUCAUUAUAGGUUAUAUACAGAUGUGUGUGUAUAUAUACAAAAAUAUAAAACUCUGUAAGUGGGGUUUGCCCUAAUAUUGCCUAGCAUUUAUCCUUUUGGAAUAAUUUUGCUACCUUUGGCUGGCCCAUUGAUCAAAAUGUUCAGAUGUUGUUCAGGUAAUAUCCAACUUUCACAAGGCAGACUCUGACAAUGUUGAUUCCUUGAUAUUCCCAUUCAAGGUUUUUAUACUCAGGCUGACGCUAUGGUUCUCAGGUGAACAUGCUGUUCACUGCGUAGCCACAUUUUUUCCCAAGUAAGAGACCCGCAUCAAAGUCCCACAAUCUAAUAAACAAAUUUAUAUUAUAAUAUGAAGACCACUUGGUUGGAUAUAGAUGUUUUGUUGUCCAAAAUUAAGAUUUGGACAGUAAGUACUCUUUGCUGGGUUAAGAGUGAUACAAGCAAUGGAAAAUGUAUUCAGAGGGUAACGUACCUCCCAUACUUUGUUCUUGGAAACUUUAUGGACAGUAGAUAUACUGGUUUAUUUUACGCUUGUCAUUUGUGAAUCAUGUGGUUGGUUGAUCCUGUUUGGAAUGAUUUAUUGGAGGUUUGUAUACAUACCAGGAGAGACCCUGAUUUCACUCUGAUGGAGUGGUGUGAAUUUUACAAUUGGCUGAAAUCUAUGUGUUUUGAGA